AUGUCAUCAUUUUCCGUAGAGGCUUAUGGUGGUGACAAAGCUAAGGAAGGAAUGGCUCCGGACCGUAAUGAUCCCAAGUUUUCCUUCUGUGUGGAUGCUUUGGUAGUGGACUCUUUGGCCUAUGAUCUGAUAUUGGGGCAUGAUUUUAUGUCUCACUAUGAUUUGGAUAUUCAAUAUUCGGCCCGUCCUAUCCGAAUUGUUGGUACUUAUUCUAAGGAGGAACCUUCGGCUCUCCCUUGGUUUGUGGAACACCCAGUUCAAGCGGCUAAUUUGGAGGAUAAGGCGAAGUCGUAUUGUAAAUCGCAACCGCCGUCAUGUGUGGUAACUUUGACGGACAAUGAUUCUUAUGAUCUGUCUUGUCCCGAAUAUUUGUUGGCUGGUGCUGGUACGAAGGUUAAUGUUGUCCCCUUGACUGACGAUGAACUGCGGGAGAAAGGAUGGCCUGUGCCCGGAUCUCAUCCAGUCCCAACUCCAUCUUCGUCGUCAAUUCCUCCAAGGUCUGAGCUGUUGGCGGCUGGAGUGUGGCCGCCUCCUGGUUAUGAGGAUACCGAUGAGCUUCAAGACGAUCCACUAUCGGAUCCGUUGAGGUUUGCGGUUCCUGAUUUCCGUGAUACUUCGGUACAGCUUCCUGAUUUUUGUGGCUCACCAUCGAAGGAGCAACGGCCCGUCGCUGAGUUAUGUGAAGAGUUUUCGGAUUUGUUUGCUGUUCGGCCCGGGUUUCUAAGGCUCCUCUGUGUGAACGAGUUCGGCCCUUACCCCAUCGAUGGAGAGAAGAGGUGUCGGCUAUGCUUCAGGAAAUGGAGUCUUUAG